GAGUCAGAGCACCACAGACGGAAGGAUGAUCAAACUUUAUGUGCUUCUGAUUUCCCUCCUUCGAGUCCAUGGUGUUUUCUCAUAUUCUGUAGUCUACACUCACAUCGGAGACAAUGUUUCUUUACCGUGCAUCUAUGCAUCCAGUGCCAGGUAUCUGUGUUGGUACAAACAGGCUGCAGGGGAGCAACCUCAGAUAAUAUCAUCUGACUACAUACACUCACUUCAUGGCAACUCAGAGAAGUUUGACGGCAACAAACGAUUUUCCGUGCAUGCUGAAGCCGGAUCCUAUCAUCUGAAAAUCUCCAACAUCCAGCAGUCGGAUUCAGCCAUUUACUACUGCGGACGGACCAGUGUGGCAACCACCGAGUUUGACAAUGGGACAUUUCUGGUUUUAAAAGAAUCCAUGCACAUUUCUUUCCACCAGCAGAAGGUGUCUAAACCUGUGCAGCCAGGAGACUCUGUGACUCUGAACUGUACGGUGCACACUGGGACCAGCAACAAAGAACAUACCGUUUACUGGUUCAGAGAGGAUUCAAGGAGCUCCGGCCUGGGAGUUAUGUACGUCCAUACAAACAGCAGCAGCCAUUGUGUGAAGAGCUUAGAGUCGGGGUCUGCUACAAAGCGCUGUAUGUACAGUCUGACAAAGAGGAAUGUUAGUCUGUCUGAUGCUGGGAUUUACUAUUGUGCUGUGGCUUCAUGUGGAGAGAUAGUGUUUGGGAACGGCACAAGGCUGGAUUUAGAAGCACAACCCCAGACAAGUGUCCCGGAUUACACUGCUGACACUCAGAAUGAGGAAUGUGAUGCUUUGCAGUACGUAGCUGUGGAUUUCAAGAAGAGGCAAAGUAAGCGCAGGAGGCACAGGAGCACAGAGGAGACGACGGUUUAUUCUUCACUUAGAGUGUCUGAACUCCAGUGAUUUCUGCUGCAAAUCGAACUCUGCAUCCCACCAACAACAGCUUCUGUACCCUCCAGCUAUAGCAGUAUCUGAUCCAGCUCAUUUAACAGGAUAUUUGAAGUCUGUUCUAAUAUUCUAAUACUGUCUUUGUCAUGAUCUGCUGGUGAACAGUUAAAUUCUGGGUCAGCAGGGGGCAACAGUCUACCUAUGUAUCACACAAAUCCUUUAACUCUGCAACCUGGGAUUUUAUACAGAAGAAAAGGAAAAUAUUGAACUAACAACCAACAAAGAGGUUUGGCUAGGAAAAAAAUGAUUUAGAGAAAGCACUGUGAUAAAAACUGCAGAUUGGAGCAUUUUAAGGGCGCACAUAGAUGGUAUGUCCUGUUUAUUUGUGACAUGCGACAGCCGCCCACAGAGUGAUGCAUCUGGAGGUUCUGAUGUGGUCGACUGACACAAAAACAAACUGUCCUUGACCCCAAAAGACCCCGAAGGAAAAAAAAAAAAAAAGA